AUGCGCAAACUGAAUUGUGUCGCUUGGAAUAGGCUCCCUAUUCCCGACGACUCUGCAUCCAUCAUCAGGACCAUCGAGAACGCUUUCCACGAUGACAUCGGAUCAGGUACUGCAAUCAGUAAGGCUGUACUGCGGAUCUCGCCGUGUCCCUCGCUCUUUCUCCGCAGCCCAACUGUAACCGAACCUUUGCCGCUUUCGACCUAA